GAACCUCCGACGAGAACGGACGUCUUCUCCGGGCUCCGCAAACCCCGGAGAACUGUACGUGAUCGUAGUAUAAACAUCGCCCCGCUCCGUCGGCCCGCCGCAGCACGCCCGCCGAGAGGCGGGUAGAGUCGGCCCUCCGAGGAAAAAAUGUCGACUCCCGCGCUCCCAUUACGCGGCUACGACCCUGAGGCGAUGGCGUGGGCUUCGGUUCCCACCACCGAUGACGCAAGCCCGACGGUUUUUCCGGAAAUUCGGAGUCAAGCUUUACUUCAAGCGGCUGCACGCCGCUUACAGGACAAAGCCGAGAUGGCGACGCCCGGCGACACCAUGGCCCCCGGCUCGUCGGUCGGAAAAAUGAAUGCUCCCGCGACACGCGCCACGGGAAGCAAGGGCAAGGCGUUCACGAAGUGGAAGCCGCGCCCAAUGCCCAAACCCGAUCCCGAAGACUACGUUAUAGUCCUCAAACCCCGAGAACGUGUUUCUCUUCACGAGGUGCUCACGGAAACCGGCUACGGAACCGCCAUCUCGGCGUACCUCGGACCGGAACGGGCCCGCGCCAUCUCCGUUCUGCCCUCGCGAGACCAAAACAUCAUCAUCGUGCAUACCCCGGACAUCGAGGCGGCCGACCGGCUCAUCGGGGAUUUUGCAGUCAACACUGAGAAGGACUCAAUCCCGCUUCAGGGUUAUUUGAGACAGGACGGCGGCAACACAUGCCACGGAGUGAUCGUGGUCCGUAACACGGACACCACCGAAACCCUUCAACACCGAGUGUGCUGGCGCGCCGGUACCAUUGUGGAAAUCCGAAAAUUCGGCACAUCCAACAAGGCACGCAUCACAAUCGCGGGUAGAGAGAAGCCCCGUUACGUGCAUUAUGACAACAUGGUCGUCUCUGUGCAAAACUAUUACAAAACUAUCCCGGCCUGCGGCCAGUGUGGGGCCGUCGGGCAUCGCGCGGAUGCAUGCCCAAACCUGCAGCCGAACACGUGUGGACUCUGCGGACUCCAAGCUCCGCUAGUGGAGGGGGUGCGGGCCCCUCAUAACUGUGUUCCCCGGUGUUCUGUGUGCGGUGGCGCCCAUGCCACCAACUCUCGCGACUGUGCGGCGAAAUUCCGCACACCCAAGAUGGCCGCCCAGACGGGAGGAAAAAAGAAUAUGGCGCCCAAGAAGAAAAGCCGCCAUCUUGGGCCUCCCGGCGACCAGUCUCGCCGAGAAACCUCUAACACCACGAAGCCAGCGCCACCUACCGGAGGUGCUGGAAAGCGACCGUCGACGGAGUCGCCACCACACGGCGGCCUGGAGAAAUGAGCGGCGGAGAAGCGUGGCAAGACCGGGUCCUGGGUCGACGCCGUCAAAAACGGAAAUCAGGAAAAUGCCCGCACUGUGCGGAGAAGUCUUCGGACAUCUUCCACAUGGUGUGGGCAUGCCAAUCAACCCCGAACCUCGUCCCAAAACCCAACCCCACCCGGGAGGACUGGGAGGCAGCCCUGCUCGAC